GAUUUGGACUUGAAAAAGUCACAGUAGGGGAGGGCGGGAGCUUUCUGUGCUUCAGCACUGGUAGGCUACCGGCACAUGACAUUAUAGGAUGGAAAUCACUUAAUUCAGCCCCCCUCAGCAGGUCCAGCUUUAUAUCCGAACCAGACUGACUGACAUGUUCGUCCUGAACCGUAUAUAGGGCUUCUGUCCAGAAGCUCUCAAGUCAUUAAAGCGAAACCCUCGAGCCGGUGGAUGAUAUAGACACAGUGGAUUUAGUUUUUGCGCAUCUAAUAUUUUCCUGAAGACUUUUUGCGAGAUUUUUGUCAGCAUAGAGGAAAUACGUUUUUUGUGUUUUUAUUUGGAUGCACUUAACAACAGGCGUUAUGAUACUCAGGAGAAGUCAUUGCUUGCUGCCGUUGUUGUUGCUGUGCAUCAGUGCUCUACCUCAAGAUGGCCAUGUGGAAGAUGAAUCUGCCUUCGACCUUUUCAAAACCAGCGGCAUCAGCCGAAAGACGAUCGGUGCCAAGAUCUUCAAGGGCCAUGAUUGGAACUCACCGGCGUACCGUUUCAUCCGUUUUGACCACAUCCCUGCUGUGAAAACUCCAGCCCUCCAUCAGAUCCUGAAGCAGAUUCAAAACAAUGAGGGUUUUGUGUUUGUGGCCACUUUACGACAGGACAAGGGCUCCAGGGGAACCCUGAUUGGUUUGGAGAACUCCAGCGGGAGCCGACAAUUUGAGAUUCUGUCCAACGGACGUGCCAACACUCUGGAUCUGAUCUACUUGGUUAAGGGGUCUCAGAAUGUUGUGUCCUUUGAGGAUGUGGAUUUGUCUGAUUCACAAUGGAAGAACGUCACGCUGUACAUUCACGGAGAGAACGCUCACCUUUAUGUAGGCUGUAGCCUCAUUGACAGUGUGAUUCUGGAUGAGCCUUUCUAUGAGAACCUGCGACCAGAGGGCAGUCAAAUGUAUGUGGCUAAAGGAUCUAUCAGGGAAAACCACUUUAGGGGUUUACUACAAAACGUACAGUUCAUUUUUGACACACCAGUCCAGGAUAUCCUAAAACACAAAGGAUGCGAGAUCGCCAAACCUGAGGAAGUAAACGUGGUAAAUGAGAGUAUAGAGACUGUGUCUGUGGGUACAGCCAUCUCCACCAACUUCAUCACACAGAAGGAGAAGUUGGCCUCAGAGAUGUGUGAGCGUUCCUGUGAGGAGCUAAGCACCAUGUUCCAGGAGCUCAAAGGUCUCCGUAUCGUCGUAGGCAACCUCAUCGACGGCUUACAGAAAGUGACUGAGGAGAACACUGUGAUGAAGGAGGUGCUCAGGAACAUGAAGAACAUCAAAGACAAGCGCAUGUGCUGGCAAGACGGCCGACUUUUUGAGGAUAAGGAGGACUGGGUCGUGGACAGCUGUACUAAGUGCACCUGUCAGGAAUCAAAGAUUGUGUGCCAUCAGAUCACAUGUCCUCCAGUAGCCUGUGCCAGCCCGACUUUCCUGGAUGGAGAGUGCUGCCCGCUGUGCCUGCCUAAAGACAGCGAGGAUGGCUGGUCCCCCUGGUCAGAAUGGACGGAGUGUACCGUCACGUGUGGAACGGGCACACAGCAAAGAGGCAGGUCAUGUGAUGCCACCAGUAACCCCUGCAGCGGCCCUUCCAUCCAAACCCGCAGAUGCAGUCUGGGAAAAUGCGACAGCCGUGUACGUCAAGAUGGAGGUUGGAGUUUGUGGUCCCCCUGGUCGUCUUGUUCGGUAACCUGUGGGGAGGGGCAGAUCACACGAAUCCGCCACUGUAACGCCCCUGUGCCUCAGCUGGGAGGAAAGGACUGUGAAGGCAACGGGAGGGAGACACAAAAGUGUGAAGCCAAACCCUGUCCACUUGAUGGAGCCUGGGGCCCGUGGUCUCCUUGGGCGAUCUGCUCCACCACCUGCGGAGGAGGAACGAAAAGUCGAACGCGCGUGUGCAACAGUCCUCGGCCACAGUAUGGCGGCAAAAAAUGUCAAGGAGAAUCUAGAGACACUGAAGCCUGUAACAAACACGACUGUCCAGUGGAUGGUUGUCUCUCUAACCCCUGUUUUGGGGGUGUUGACUGCACUAGUUCCGCCGAUGGCUCAUGGGAGUGCGGGCCCUGCCCUGUCGGUUUCCGUGGCAAUGGAACAUUCUGUGAGGAUGUUAAUGAGUGUGACAUGGUGCGUGACCUGUGCUUCAACUCUCAACUGUGCAUCAACACAGACCCGGGCUUCCACUGUUUACCUUGUCCUCCUCGAUACAAAGGCACUCAGCCUUUCGGAAUGGGAGUGGAGAUUGCAAAGGAAAAUAAACAGAUUUGUGAAGCAGAAAACCCCUGCAAGGACCAAACCCACAACUGCCACAGGUCGGCUGAGUGUAUCUACAUGGGCCACUUCAGUAACCCCAUGUACAAAUGUGAUUGUAAAAUCGGCUAUGCCGGGGACGGCCACAUCUGCGGCGAGGACUCUGACCUCGACGGCUGGCCCAAUCACAACCUGGUGUGUAGAGCCAACCAAUCAUACCACUGCAAAAAGGACAACUGUCCCAACCUUCCAAACUCGGGACAAGAAGACUUUGAUAAAGAUGGUCAAGGAGACGCCUGUGACAAAGAUGAUGAUAAUGAUGGAAUCCUGGAUGAAGGGGACAACUGUCCUCUACUGUAUAAUCCCAGGCAGUUUGAUUAUGAUAAGGAUCUUGUGGGCGAUCGUUGUGAUAAUUGCCCGUACGAGCACAACCCUGCUCAGAUUGACACAGACGGCAAUGGUGAGGGAGAUGCCUGUGCGGCGGACAUUGAUGGAGACGAGGUUCUGAAUGAAAAUGAUAACUGCCCUUACAUGUACAAUGGUGACCAGAAGGACACAGAUAUGGAUGGAGUGGGUGACCAAUGUGAUAACUGCCCUCUGCUGCACAACCCUGACCAGUCGGACUCUGAUAAUGACCGAGUUGGUGACCAGUGUGACAACAAUCAAGACAUUGAUGAAGACGGACAUCAGAACAACCUGGAUAACUGCCCGUACAUACCCAACGCCAACCAGGUUGACCACGACAAAGACGGCAAGGGAGAUGCUUGUGAUUUUGAUGAUGACAACGAUGGGAUCCCUGAUGAGAAAGACAACUGCAGGCUGGUGUCCAACAAAGAUCAACAUGACUCUGAUGGGGACGGAAGAGGUGAUGCCUGCAAAGACGAUUUUGACAACGACAGCAUUCCUGACAUUCUGGACGUGUGCCCUGAGAACGACGGCAUCAGCAGCACUGACUUCCGGAAGUUUCAAAUGGUUCAUUUGGACCCUAAAGGAACAACCCAAAUUGACCCCAACUGGGUGGUCAGACACCAGGGCAAAGAGUUGGUUCAGACUGCCAAUUCUGACCCUGGUAUCGCUGUGGGCUUUGAUGAGUUUAACGCUGUAGACUUCAGUGGCACUUUCUACGUCAACACCGAUAGAGAUGACGACUACGCCGGGUUUGUGUUUGGCUACCAGUCAAGCGGACGAUUCUACGUGGUUAUGUGGAAGCAGAUUACUCAGACGUACUGGGAGGACCAACCUUCUAAAGCAUUUGGCAUCUCCGGGGUAUCUCUGAAAGUGGUCAACUCCACCACAGGCACCGGGGAGCAUCUGCGUAACGCCCUGUGGCACACAGGAGACACACCUGGACAGGUCCGAACGCUGUGGCACGACCCAAAGAAUAUCGGCUGGAAGGAUUAUACUGCUUACAGGUGGCAUCUCAUCCACAGACCCAAAACAGGCUUCAUUAGGGUGGUGGUUUAUGAGGGGAAACAGAUCAUGGCGGACUCGGGCUCUAUUUAUGAUACGUCCUAUGCAGGAGGGAGAUUAGGAUUGUUUGUGUUCUCCCAAGAACUUGUUUACUUCUCUGAUCUUAAGUAUGAAUGUCGAGAUAACUGAGCAAGAACAGAAAUGGAACCUGUAAGAGACUUUAGCACAGUUACACACUUACACACAAUCUGAUAAAAACCAAAGACUUUGAAGGACACAAUGAAACACACCCCAACCAUAUUGAGCCUAGCAAAUCUAUAGGAUUAAUCAUAUAGCUUGUUUUAAAGUAGAUCAUGACAGAUCAUAUCAAAAGUACUUUUUUGGUAUUCACACACUUUCAUCAAUCAUUUCCUGACAACUUAAUUACCCUUCUGCUUUCCUUGCACAAGAUUUUUGGACUAACUUCCUGUGUAUUUUUACAUUGUGCCGAAUUCUUUUUUCAUGUUGUAUUCAUCUUUUUCUACAACCCUCGAUUCUAACAGGGGCUUCGGGUUUGAUUAGCAUAUAAAUGUUUUAGAGACCUUUGAGAUGAAGAUGUUUAUAUUAAGACUGUAUCAUAAUUACUUGUGUAAAGUAUUUAUAUGACUCUUGCAAUUCAGUAUCAAGUUUGUGUCUAGUUUAUUGCGAUGCUUUCAGAACCUAGACAUUGUAAAUACUAAUUUAUUUGUUUACACUGACAACAUUUGAUUGUCCAGAUUUUUUUAAGGCUGAGCUUUUAAGACGUUCAAUUUGAGACUUCAUGCCUGUGCAGUUUUGUAUCAUUCAAGACUUGACAGUCAUGUUUUGAAAUGUGAGUUUUGGUUUGUUGUUGUCCCUAGUCACACUGCAUUUGUUACAUUUAUCCUAAAUGUGCUGGUCCUAAAACACUUCUUUCUUUAAAUUCCUUUAUUACAUUUUCUCAGAUGAACAGAAUAAACAGAGUAAAAAAUGUAAUAAGACUAACAGUUUGGUUUGAAAGACAUAUGAAUAUGAAGAUAAAUGUCCAUUGUCUUGUACUAUGUUUAGAUCAUUUUAGCCUGAAAAUAUCCACGUGUUUUUUUAUUUUUGCUUUUAGAUUAAUAGUCAUUAUAAUUGCAUAUUUUGUAAAAAAAAAAAGGUGCAAUGCCUUUGAUUUGAAUGCAACAUCCCAAAAACCCUCAACUUAAAAAAAAGUUAAAUUUUUUGUAAUAUUACAUAUUUUCCACGUAUAAUUUGACUUUUUUUACAUACACUUUCAAAUAUGACAGAAAAAGAAAGCAAAUUUAUAAGAAAAACGGGGGAAACAUGUAAUUUUACAGGGAAAACUGUUAUUUUAUUUUAAAACUUUUUUAUACAUCUGUUUAAAACAUUAUUUUAUUUUUUACAGUGCUUGCAAAGUUUUCUACAUCUGUUAUUCUUACAACUUUUAGAGAUUGUUCUUAAAUAAA